AUGGAAAGACUUCAAAGGUUAUUAGGUUCAGGAGCUGGAUUAGGUGGAGCAGCUCCACCUCAGACUGAUGGGCCCGCCAUAGAUAAUGCUGAAACAGUUUACAUAUCAUCAUUAGCAUUAUUGAAAAUGUUAAAGCAUGGACGGGCUGGUGUUCCUAUGGAAGUUAUGGGACUAAUGCUAGGUGAAUUUGUAGACGAAUUCACUAUCCAUGUUAUAGAUGUUUUUGCAAUGCCACAAUCAGGUACUGGAGUGUCAGUCGAAGCUGUUGACGAUGUAUUUCAAACACGAAUGAUGGACAUGCUCAGACAAACUGGUAGAGAUCAGAUGGUUGUGGGAUGGUAUCAUUCACACCCUGGAUUUGGAUGUUGGUUAUCGUCUGUUGAUGUUAAUACUCAACAAUCAUUUGAACAAUUGAACAAGAGGGCUGUUGCCGUGGUCAUAGAUCCAAUUCAGUCUGUCAAAGGCAAAGUAGUAAUAGAUGCAUUUAGAACUAUUGACACCACCACGUUAAUGAUGGGACAAGAACCACGUCAAUCCACUUCGAAUGUUGGUCAUUUGAAUAAACCUUCUAUACAAGCGUUGAUUCAUGGUUUAAACAGGCAUUAUUACUCCCUUAACAUUGACUACCAUAAAACGCCUUAUGAAAUUGGUAUGCUUUUGAACUUACAUAAAAAGAACUGGCAGUCUGGUUUGAAGAUGGUUGACUAUAACCAAAAAGAGCAUGAGAAUUUGGGUAAUGCCGAGCAGAUGGUGAAGAUUGCAGAAUUAUACACUCAAAGAAUCAGGGAAGAAAAAGAGCUCACAGAGGAGCAAUUGGAGACAAGAUAUGUUGGAAAGCAAGAUCCAAAGAAACAUUUGCUCGAGACUUCAGAGAAAUUAAUCGAAGAUAAUAUUUCAUCCUUAUUGACGGGUAACGUAAAUAGCUUAGCGAUUCAAUAA